AUGAGGAGCACAGGAGGAGCGAAGAGCAGGGUCGGUGGAGAACAGGGGAAGGCCGAGAGGGAGAGGGAGAAGACGAAGCUGAGGGAGCGAAUGAGGCGGUCGAUCACUUCCAAGAUCAUGGAGGGCCUCCGGAAGCACGGCGGCUACGACCUCCCUGGCCGCGCCGACAUCAACGACGUCCUCCGCGCCCUCGCCGCAGAGGCCGGCUGGGUCGUCGAGCCCGACGGCACCACCUACCGCCGCGCCGCCUCCCAAAAUCUCGUGCCGCCGGUCUCAACUGCCGUCGCUGGGGCGGGCAACAGAGGAGGCGCCGGCAACAAAGGAAUAGGGAGUUUUGCCGUCGCUGUUCCUCCGCCGGCCGAGCAGGGCCAGUCUCUGUUCUCACUACAGUCGUACGAGUGCUGCGGCGCCGGAGCCGGGUUCCCAGACCUCCUCCUCUUCGGAGGUGGCGCCGCUCCUGUCGCGGACGCGUGGCUGCCGGAGGUGUGGGCGUGGGGACAGAACGCCCAGCGGAACGUCUGA